GUGCGGACGCACAGCCGCGCUAUCUGCCGUUUUCCAACCGCACAUCCAACACGCCGACUGACAACGUCUUUGUGCGUCUCGCAGGGCUGAACGCGACCCCCAGGUGUCACGUUUCAGAGGGAGACAACAAUAGAGGAGAAGUCACCGGCCGAACCGCACUCCAGGCAGCAGAUGCGCGGCAGGAAGGACAUCAGCUCCACAGAGAAAAGACAAUCAUGGCAGUGAACGUUCCUGGACUGGUGGCCGUGGUGGUUUUCUAUAUUGUCAUCCUGGUCAUUGGAAUCUGGGCAUCUCGGAAAUCCAAGAAGGUGGAGAAGACAUGUGCUGGCACUAAGAGCGAAGUUACCAUCAUCGGUGGGCGCAACAUCAGUGUCCUGGUGGGAGUUUUCACCAUGACAGCAACAUGGGUUGGUGGAGGUUACAUUAUGGGAACUGCUGAGGCUGUUUACUCUCCUUCUCAAGGUCUCAUCUGGGCUAUUGGACCUCCUGCAUAUCUUAUCAAUUUUCUUCUUGGGGGAUUAUUUUUUGCAAAACCUAUGAGGUCAAAGCGCUACGUGACCAUGUUGGACCCGUUUGAGCAUCGCUAUGGCAGCAUGUUCACUGCAACCCUACUGAUUCCCGCUUUGGUCAGUGAUAUUUUGUGGGUUGCCUGCAUCCUUGCUGCUCUGGGAGGAACGAUGAGCAUAAUUCUCGGGCUUUCGUCUGCUCUCUCCAUCAUUAUCUCGGCAGCUGUCUCCAUCAUCUACACAUUAUUAGGGGGCCUCUACUCUGUGGCAUAUACCGAUAUCAUCCAGCUUUCCUUCAUCUUUGUCAGCCUGUGGCUCUGUAUUCCUUUUUUGGUACUCAGUCCUGCAGUAACCGACUUGUCACAUAUAGUCCACCUCAACCAAACGAAUGGAAACUCAUGGAUCGGGGAGUUGAAGCUGGCAGAUGCAGGGAAAUGGGUGGAUGAGAUGCUGCUAUUGGCUUUAGGGGGGCUGGCCUAUCAAGCUCUGUACCAGAGGAUCCUCUCCGCAGCCUCGUCUGCUCAGGCCCAGGUCACCUGCUUUGUUGCUGCCGUGACAGCUUUUGUUAUGGGAAUCCCCUCUGUGGUGAUCGGAGCAGUGGCUGCCUCUGCAGACUGGAACCAGACAGCGUAUGGUCUACCCCCUCCUUUUGAACGAGGGGAGGCAGGGAAGAUCCUGCCACUGGCUCUGCACUACCUCACACCCACCUGGUUGUCAGUGUUAGGCAUUGGUUCUGUGGCGGCAGCAGUUAUGUCCUCCAUGGACUCUGUGCUGCUGUCCUCAGCAUCCAUGUUUACACAAAACAUAUACAAGACGACUUUCAGGAAGCAGGCCUCGCAGCGGGAGCUGCAGUGGGUGAUCCGGGUUAGCGUGCUGGUGGUGGGCCUGGCAGGAACAGGCCUGGCCUUUGGUGAUGACAGCGUGUUCAGUCUCUGGCUGAUAAGCGGGGACCUCCUCUACUGCGUGGUCCUCCCACAGCUCGUCUGCGUACUGCACUCCGCCAGUGCUAAUACCUACGGGGCCAUCAGUGGCUAUAUUCUGGGACUGCUGCUGCGCGGGGCGAGCGGGGAGCCGGUGCUUGGGAUCCCUCCUUUUAUUCUGUACCCCGGCUGGACGGAGGUGGACGGAGUUAUCACGCAGUACUUUCCCUUCAGGACUGUUGCCAUGCUUUCCUCUGUGAUAUGUAUUAUUUCAGUGUCCUUGCUGGUGAACCUAGGCUUCUGUCACCAAGUAAUUCCUCAGUCCUGGGAUAUACUGGGUGUGUUUGAUGAGAAAAAAGAGGCAGAGGGGGAGGUAAUACCUGUUCCUCAGGGGGAGAAGAACAGUAUCCUUUCUACAAAAUUAUAGGCUUAACUUAAGUACAACCUCAGCCAAAGUAUACCCGAACCUCUUUUUAUGCAAAUUCUUACCAACCUUCUUCUGCACAGACUAUUUACGCACACUCUUACAUGUACUGUAUAUUAAACACAUUAAUAGUGAAUUAUAGGCUUUAUAUGCACCAAACUUUGACCAGCAGUAUGUGGGAAGGGAUUCGGGGGAGGCAGAGUUUAGACGUGCUGGGUGCCUCUUUUUAACAGAACAGGAUUAAAGACACAUAUUAAGACCUCAAGAUUCUGACUUUAACAUCAGAAGUCAAGUUUUUUCCACAUCGUUCUAAACCUCAUAAAAAUGAACCUUUUUCCUAAAUUGUCAGCCCCCGGCAACAAACAUUUUCGUAGUUUCUUAAUCUACUCCCCUCCGUUCAAACCUUUUCAGUAAAUUAAGUUAAGCCCAGGUGGAGUUAUUUUUCAAUCGUGUGAUCAUUGUUGUACUUUCUAAGAAAUUCCGCCUCUUUGCAUUUAUGAAGCACUGAGGGGACAAAGCAAUGCUUUUAGAGAUGCAAUACUUGAGAUGCUGAGGUUGAGGAUACCUCCAAAACAAAAACAAAAAGUCCAGCAGGACUUGCCUGCUUGUGGAAAUGUUUAUUAUGUUUUAAAGGGAUCAUCGCUGAAGGACCUUCAAGAUAUAGAACUGCUAUUUUUUAGAUGUUUUGUGAUUGCAAGUGUUCAUAAAAACAAAACCUCAUAAGUUUGUUAUCUUUGCAUCUGAUGAGAUUU